UGCAUUUUAAUGCUAGACUCCAAGCCUGCGCAAGUGAGUGAUAGCAUGGAGGUUUUCCAAAAUAUACGAAGUUACUUAACAGGAAUGUGGAAAAACACACAAAAAAAGCCCCGGACAUUUUCUGCGGCUUCUAUGCCAGCCCUGAAAGUACGGGUACCUGAACAGCAGGGAAACUGCUCUGAAUGUGGCAUAUUUGUAUUACUCUGUGCAGAGCACUUUCUGAAUGAUCCUCCCAAAGAACUAAUUAAUGAGCUUGACUGUACAACCUGGUUUACGCUGGCAGAUGCAUUUUCAAGGCGUGCACAAAUCAGGGACAAAAUGCGAAGAUGUUUAGAAGCACGUGAAAGAGACACAGAGGAAAUCAUAGCAGAAGAAAGAGAAGGUGAAAAACAGCAAAACAUUUUUGAGAGAGGAAGAGAAGCAGAGGAAGAUGAAGCAGGAGAAAGUGAAAAACAGCAAAACAUUUUUGAGAGAGGGAGAGAAGCAGAGAAAAACAAAGCAGAAGAAAGUGAAAAACAGGAAAACAUUUUUGAGAGAGUGAGAGAAGCACAGGAAAACGAAGCAGAAGAAAGUGAAGAGGAAUGGCAAGGGGAAAAUAUAACCAAGGAAAGUGAAAUAGAAUGUAGAGAGAAAGAAAAUAAACAUACAACAAGAGAAGAGAACAAAACAGCUCAGGGAAGAAGCUACACCGUCCUGGGAAGGCUAUCAGUCCCAGGCACGAAAAGGAAAUACACAGUCACUCAGGAUGAAAUAAAACGAAGAAUCAUUACAGAAAACAUGUCAAACAACAUGUUAAGAAGCCUGAUUAGGGUUCGUAAAGAGGAUCUCCCAGAGGAGCUUAGACUACAAAGACCAAAAAAAGCUAAGACAAAAAUGAGCAUCUUCUCUGCCCUCAGUGAAGGGGAGGCCACAGAUUUAGCCCAGGAGCUGGGAGCAACGCUUGGGCGACAUGUCAACCUAGACAUGGGUACAAUUGUUCCAAGUGCAGAGGCAGAGGUUGCAAAGAAUGCACUCUGCACCCUCCAGUCCUUGCUGAGGGAAAGACUGGGAGAUGAAUCCCCUUUUAGUCUCAUUACACAUACAUUUGGACCACAAAUUCUUGAUGUUGUCAUCUCAUUUUUAAUCAGUCAGUUUAAGUAG